AUGAUACAUUGGAGAAGAGUUAUUCUCUUUCCUUUUGAUUACAUCAAGGUGAAUUUUGUUUCUAUGAAAAACAUGCGGUUUCUGAUUGAAAGGUAAAACAGGAAUAUUCAGUACUCUUUUUAAUUCCGCAAAACGUCAUAAAACAUGUUUUCUAAAUUCAAAUAAGCUAAUUGCGCAAUGUCCUAAGAUUUUCCCAGUUUACUAGUGAGGGACACAUUUUACUUUCAGAAGGAUGUCAUAGGAUAAUUAUCAUCUCAUUGCAUCAUAGCCUUUUGAUCACAUGAUUAUAUCCCAAGACCAUAUAUUUACUUGAAGGCCCUUUCGUAUCAUCAAAUUAAAGUGUGGUUUAGAGAAACAAGUGAAUUCAAACGUCAUUUUUUCAUCGCGAAUUCAGGUAGGCCUAAAUAAUCGACUUUGCUAACUGCUGUUAUUCUAGAUUCCUUAUUCAUUCAAUUAUGUAAAUUACGGAGGGUGUUUUCCCCCUCUGCCGAUAACACCCUCCUCGAUAUGUAUAAUUCUUCAGAUUAUAAGAAAGCGAAUUCAAUAAUCUCUAAAUAUUCUUUUUUCUUUCUUUUUUUUUUUUUUAUUAAAGCUGUAUUUGUUGAACAUAAUGGUCCAAUUGACCCUAACACUGGUUGUCACCCUUUGCUGCUUCCUGGCGAUCUCAGAAUGCUUGAUCAAAGAUAAAGAGAAAUACCAAUCAGAUGAGGAGGAGAGAUUUCCCUACACCAUUUGGAUUGACAACCGAAAAAUGAUUGAAAGACACAACUCAGAUAAAAAUAGCACUUUCAAGAUGGAAAUGAACCAAUUUGGAGACAUGGUGCUCUUUUUGAAGUGGUUAUCAAAACCUGCCUUCUAGCUCACCUCAACCCUACUAUUUCCCGAUUAUCCCUGUCUUAUCCCUGACUGUUUAAACGGUGCAUUCACCUACUAUUUUGUGUCAUUUCAGCACAUAAAUUUUUAUUGAUAAUUUUCUGUCAAUUAUUAGUGUGUUUAAAAUCAAUUAAGUUUGAAAUUAUUUUUACUGUUUAUUUUCUGUCAAAUAUUUCUGGCUCAAAAUUUAUUAAUCCUUAAAAACUUAUAAAAAUAAUCCCCAAAAUUGGUAUGAAAAUAUGACAAAUAAUAAGGCUCGCUUCGCUCGCGGGAUAAUCAGAAAAAUACUAUGGCCGAGGUGAGCUGGAAGUCAGGUUUUGAUAACCAGUCAGAAAUAAUUUAUUAAUCUACAUCCAGAGUCAGAAAAAUAAAAUUGUUUUUUUAAAAAAGGUAAAGAUUUCGUAUAUUUAUAAAAAGAUGCCAUUUAAUUACUAGAGGGUCUGAAUGGGGGGGUUUAUUUGUCGGUUGUCGGUUAAAAUUCAGUUACUUUGUCGGUAGUCGGUUAAAAUUUUCGAUCUUUGUCGGUAGUCGGUUAAACUUCUUGAUUUUUGUUGGUUGUCCGAAAAUCUCAGUUAAUAAGUAAAAACGCUUGUUGAUUAUUAAUAUUUUUUAUGUAUUUCACCAAGUUUCAAGACUUUGAUCCCAAGGGAAAGAGUAAAACUUGUAAGAAUGCAUCAUUUGAUUGCCACUUAAACUUCAUUAACUCUUGUUUGUUUAUGCAACAUGAUGAUCGUCAGGAGCCGAUCGACUCCUGUGGUCGUUUAUUUCACCAUUGUUUGCCAAAUGAAUAUCAUGCGUACUGAUAAGAUCACCAAACCUUUUACUGUAAAUGCGAACUUGGUUUCCCUGUCGAUUACACGGCACAGUAAAAAGUAAUUAAUUAAUUAAUGGACACCAGCCUUUGGGAUGCUUAAAUUAUCAAAAAACUGCAAGGGGUGACGGGCUGCACAUCUAUCCUUUGCCAUAAGUUUCCCUCCUCAAAGAAAUAACACUUUAACCGUCGGACAUACAAGUGGUGGGGGGGGAUGCCACCCCCUUUAGGUUUUCUGGGAUUUUUCCAAGAGGAUAAAACAUCAGUACCUGAGGUUUUCAGUAGAUGUUCGUUUAUCCCUCGCACGCAUUUUGAGAAAAGUUCAGUGAUGAUCAGUUUCUAUGGUUACGAGGUAUGACGUAAUAAGUAGCAGGUUGUCAAGCCAUUUUGCGUGAAAAUAUAUGUUUUUUUUCAACUUUUUUCAACUAUAAAAGAAAAAUCUUAUACCUAAAAUCAUGCAAAGUCCUUAUUUAUGUGUUUUAUUCAUGUCAAGCAAUAAACAUUUCUCUUUGUUUUAACCUUUUUUUUUAAUUCUUUGUAAUAUCCAAGAUGGCGGCAAAGAUGGCGACCAUCGUUGGUGAUUUAACAGGCCUCCAGCAGUGCCACCAUUCAUAAAAUAUACCUCAUCUUGUUAAGAAGAUCAAAGGCUUUUCAGUGAAGGCAAAAUCGCUUCGAAAUACUGCAACAUAUCAAAAACUCUGGGGAGGGGUUCCAUCUACCAUCCUCUUGUACCAUGGUGGGGGGUAUGAUUUUGCGUGUACGUCUGAGGGUUAAGUUGGCAAGGUAGUGGUUGGUUUUGUAUGAGAUUACACUUUUACAUUAAAGUUUCUUUUAUAAUAGACACUAAGGGCUUGUAUUGUGUCACGAAAGGCAAAAUUUCUUUUUCUUCCUUGUUGUUUUGUUUCAGGAGCGCUGCUUUUCUCCUGUAAGUUUUACUUCUAAUAGUAAUUUUUAUUUCAAAAUUAUGUGGCCAGCCUCUUUCCAUCAACCGCUUUUUGAAAUCUGAAAUACUUCCUCAGAGGAGUUUGUUCGUAGGAUAUUCAAGGCCAAAUCCAUUGGUCAAAUCCAUUUUAACAUUCGGUGGGUGGUAAGAGGUGAAAAUGUAUAUACGUCUUUACGUCAAUGAUAGCUUUUUCUCAUUUUUCGUUGAAUGUUGUGCCUUGGUACACAACGGGGUCUAAAAAGAUUCUCUCAGUGUCGCAUAUUUCGGGCGUAAAUUUCAUAGCCAGUAGAGCAGUAGGGUGAAGUAAGUUUACUUGUUCCGUGAAUUUGAAGAAUUCUACCAUGUCUGGUUUACUUAUGUCCCAUAGGGAAAAAAUGUCAUCUAUGUAGCAUUUUCAAACAGUUGGUUUAAAGACGGUUUUGCUUAAACUUUGUGUUUCAAUAUAUGCGGCCAUGAAAAUGUUGGAAAGGAAACUGCUGUAUGUGCUCAUCGCGGUACUGUGGUUUCUUACUGAUAGUGCUUUCCAUUAAACUGGAAAGAAUUUUCUUUCAGGAUUAAUCUAAACAUUUCUCGGACCGAAUCAAGAAAUGUUCAGUUUUUUCAGCUUUGUCUUUUCAAUAAAAUAUAUAAAGUCGGUAGCAUCUUUAAGGACGGUGGCUUCUGAUUAUGAUAUUGGUUGUAGUAAUGUAGCCGUAUCAACAAAAGAGUAAGUUCUUUCUGUUAGAUCAUCUGAUGAGUAAUAAAUUUAAAGAGGUUACUUCCUAACGGCUGGAAAAAAUGCAAAAUGCUCUUUUUUUCUGAAACAAAUAUUGAUAAUGUCAGCCCAUGUCGGUAGUCGGUUAAUAUUUUUCCUGUCGGUAGUCGGUAACUUUUUACUCGUUUUGUCGGUAGUCAGUAAUAUUUUUAGCCCUUUGUCGCUAGUCGGUUAACCCCAUUCACACCCUCUUACUACGCAAUGGAAAGUAAUGCUAAAGAUGAAGAAAAACGAUAUAAUUUAUUACCUUAUAACUUGCCUUAUACAGAUAAAAGUAUCAAUAAAGCAUUUAAUGAAUAUUUUGAGAGAAAAUUUAAUGAAAAAAUGUAUGGUUAUCCAUUCAUAGAAAAAGAAGUUCUUAAAAAUAAAAAUGGAGAGUAUUCACUUUAUGACCCAGAUGAAUCAAGAUUUGUAAAUUGCUUGAAUUCCUGAUGCGGUUGGUGGGCCACACUGAAUUGUAACACGGAUUGGGUCAAGAAAAUUUAUAUUAAACGAGAUAAAUCUGAUGUAGAAACAACAUUGGAUACAUUUUUUAAGAAAUCUUUAUAUAACAUAUAUCAAAUAUUAAAAUCAUUGAAAUAUUAUUUGGAUAAUGUUAGUCGUUAUGUUGAAAUUAAUUAUGAUUAAAAUAAUGUUUAGUCUUAUAUCAUAGUUUUGAUAUAAGACUUUAUAUACAGAUUCAGAAAAAUAAAAUUGAUUUUUUAAAAAAUGAGGCUUAAAGAAAAUGUGACAGUAGUAUAAGAAGCAUGAGCUCUCUAUAUUUAAACAACUUAUCUAUAAAAGGGUAACAAAAUCUUGUUAAAAAAGAAUAUAAUGAAAAAAAAUUAAGGAAAGAUAAAAAGAAAGAGAAAAAAUAAAACUUCAAACUUAUAUCAAAAGCUACAAAAAGAAAAUGAAAAAUUGCGACAAGAAAAACCUAAAAUAAAAUCUAAACCAAAAAAUAAAUCUAAAAGAAAAUCUUUUGAUGAAUAUUUUCAGGAAUGUAUUAAAAACCAAAAAAUUCCAAAAGAUACUCCUCCUUAUCUUAAAAAAGCUCUUGAACGUGCUUUGAAAGAAUAUAAUGUUGGUAUUAAACAUGAGAAAUAAGCCCUCGACGCUUGAUAAUUUUGCUGAAAAGUAUGUAAUUGAUGGAAAACCUGGAUAGUAAUGCUCUUAACCCAUAACCCCUUAGAUAAAAGCAAGUAACUAGACCAGAAUUAUUGUGGGGAAAAGGGGUAAGGGAUGAAGUACUCCAAAUGUGCACAGCAGGUGAUAUAUUACCAAGAGAGGAUAAAGGGGACAGAGAAGGCAUUCCCCAUACACACCCUAUUCCAUAGGUAAUUCGUCUCGAGUUAUUUUUAGAAUCGGGAUAAAGUUACCUCGCGCGCGGCGUGGAUGUUUCGUGGAGGUUUCGCAUGACUAAACGCCGUGCAAAACAUGUCAGGCGAAAGGCAAUUAAAGCGUAAAGAGAUCGAGAGCAUUCCUGAAUAUCGAAGCGAAAUGAGUCGGCGCUCACCUGGGAAUAGGGAAUCGCUGAACUCUUUGACAACCCGUGAAAUCAGUUUAAAUCGAAGUUGUCGUAACCUCAGUGCUUAAUAAAAGGAGAAAUUUCGCCGGUCUAUUGAAACCGGUCGUUUGUA